CUGUCCACAUCGACAUUGGUUAGUCACUGUCAAACACAAGUAUCCCGACUUCAUCUUUCUUCUCCUAGUGCAUCUCUUUACGGUUCCUUCCAGUCCCUCACAUACUUUCAACUUCAAGAUGGGUGCUCUCGAUAGACUCUCCCAGCUGGGCAACCAGAUCUCUGGCGGCGCUUCUUCAAGCGGUAAGGCCAAGAUCCUCGAGAAGAACCCCGAUGAUGUUGUCGUCACAGCAGCUCUCCGGACAGCCAUCACCAAAGGCGGCAAGGGCGGCUUCAAGGACACGUAUGCGGCCGACCUGAUGGCUGGCGCCCUAAAGGGCAUCAUCGACCGCUCCAAGAUCGACCCGGCCCUCGUCGAGGACAUUGUCGUGGGCACCGUGCUGGCCCCAGGCGGCGGCGCCACCGAGAUGCGUGCCGCCUCACUCGUCGCCGGCUUCCCCACCUCGACCGCCGUGCGCACUCUCAACCGGCAGUGCUCGUCGGGCCUGCAGGCCUGCGUCGACAUCGCCAACCAGAUCCGCGCCGGCAUGAUCGAGGUCGGCAUCGGCGCCGGCGUCGAGAGCAUGUCGACCCAGUACGGCCCGGGCGCCGUGUCCGAGUUCUCGGAGCUGCUCGAGUCGCAUCCGGAAGCCGCCAACUGCAAGGUGCCCAUGGGCGUGCUAUCGGAACAAAUGGCCAAAGACCGCGGCAUCACACGCGCCAGCCAAGACGCCUUCGCCGCCGCCUCGUUCCAAAAGGCCGUCAAGGCGCAGGCCGCGGGCCUCUUCAAGGAGGAGAUCGUUCCGCUCAAAGUCAAGUUCGAGAACCCCAAGACGGGCGAGACCAAGGAGAUCGUCGUCGACCGCGACGACGGCAUCCGCGACGGCGUGACGGCCGAAUCGCUCGGUAAGAUUCGCGCCGCCUUCGCCAAGGACGGCUCCAUUCACGCCGGCAACGCGAGCCAAGUCAGCGACGGCGCGGCUGCCGUGCUCAUGAUGAAGCGCUCGACCGCCGAGAAGUUGGGCCAGCCGAUUCUGGGCAAGUUCGUGGCGGCCUCGGUCGUCGGCGUGCCGCCCUUGCUCAUGGGCGUCGGCCCUUGGAAGGCUAUUCCCAAGGUGUUUGAGCUGACGGGCCUCACCAAGGACGACGUCGACAUCUACGAGAUCAACGAGGCCUUUGCCAGCCAGUGCCUGUGGUGCGCCAACGAGCUGGGCCUGCCGCAGGAGAAGAUUAACCCCAAAGGCGGCGCCAUUGCUUUUGGACAUCCGCUUGGCUGCACCGGUGCGCGACAGGUAUCGACACUGCUCUAUGAGUUACGGAGGACGGGUAAGAAGAUUGGGGUCACGUCCAUGUGUGUCGGUACAGGUAUGGGCAUGGCUGCUGUUUGGGUGGCUGAGUAAAGGGAGGAAAGUGAGUAAGAGGUAAGGGUGAAGGGAAAAGGGGGUUUGCUUGUAUACCAAUAAUGACAUGAUGUAUUUCUUACUAGAGGAGCAAUGCAUGCGGAUGGUUUUGGUUAGG